GUCUACGUCAGUCUAAAAAAAAAAGAGGAAUUUCCCCUGCAGGAUAUAUAAAUUCUGAACAUGAUGGGGCUUUGUUAACUGUUGGACUCUGGUGACUUUGCACAUUUUCUUUUUCAUUGCUGUUCUUAUAAUGAACUUCCAGGUAGCUCUGUUAGUCACCUUAGUGGGAAUCGUGGGAUCUGCCCCUGUCUCUCACAAUCCGAAUAUUAUGGAUACUAUUGAACAGACCCACAGCUUAAUCAGCAAAAUUCUUGAUGAUAUUCCUACAGUGCACACAGCCUGGAUACAAAGUCAGAGCUUGAUUUUGGGUGACAACACAACUAGGCAGCUGCUGCAGCACUUAAAGGAAAAAAUGAUACCCUCUGCCCCAGUUCUCCAGAACAUCUCUAGUAGCUUCACUCAGGAAACCUGCCUUGCUCACAUAGCGAAGGGACUGCAACUACAUCUGAAUCUCUUGAAAGAGAUCAGCAAAUCACCCAUGCUGGUUCAGACAAAGCGGGUGAACGAUCUUCAAGAUGAAAUUCAAGACCUUCUGUAUCAAAUCGAAGAGAAUCAACCGGGAUUUGACCACUCACAGCAGGCAUCAGACAAGAAGUCACAGACUGAUCUGGCUAAACAUCUGACAAGUGAAUACUUAACUCAAGUGGCAGCCCACCUCACCCUGCAACAGCUUCAGGACUUCAGUUAUGAUGUCCUACGCAGUAUCCUCAGUAUACGUAGUAUGUCCACCUCAGAGAACACUAACACUGUGCAGCUCUGGGUAAAUGCAUCAGGCGUAUGAGUGAUCUAGACUAUUAAGCCCAAAGUGUACUUCAGUUUUAACGCGAAUGCUUAGUGACGACAAUGGCGUUUCGUCUCUGGAAAGUUUUGUCUUUGUCCUGCGUCAGUGCUCUUUUUAUCCAGAAGUUAAGACUGAUCAAAACUGCCGCCUUGUAGUGCCGUUGGUUUUUAUUUUUUUUUUUUUUUCAUUCAUUUUUCCCAAAGGGAUUUUUUUUUUUUUUUAAAGAAGCCAUGAAGCCAUAUAUUCAAGUAUUUUGACAGCAUAGCGAGACUCAAUUUCAUCAUUUCGUGGAAAUAGGCAAAUUUUCUGUACAGUAUAAUGGGUAAUGUAGUUAUUCACCACAAACUCAGCUGUCAAACAAGAUUAUUUUAAAAAUAAGUUGGAAUAAUAAGGCUUCAACAAAAGCAUAUACUCACAGUAUAUCUGUUUUUAAAGGUUUAUAGGUUAAAAAUCAAUUUCUCUAUGAAGAAAAUGAACCCGACUAUUGCAUUCUAUAGAGUAGAAUAUGCAAAGUUAGAAAAGUCGGGCUGCGUAUGUAUAGCACUGUACAGUAGUGUAUUUGUAAAAACUGAAGUUUACUUUGGGCUUUACACUGAACAGAUGAAAUUUGGUAAAGUGACGAGCAAAAACAAAACAAAAAAUAUUUGAUAUGUUCUAAGGGUACGUUUCACGACAACAAUGACUACUAAAAACAGAAAAGUUUUUCAUUUAGUAAAAAGAUUCGCGUACAGACGACAACGUUGUCAAAGGGAUCCCUGUUCACACGGAUCUGCAUAAAUGACUAAAAACGCUUUAUUAUGCAUGCCAGGCCAGUAAUUGGCGAUGUCAAUUUGUAAAAAAAAAAAAAAAAUACAUGCGCCUGUAGACUGAACAUGUAUUUCACAUGUGGCAUCACCAUUUUCACUAAUUCGUGUUUUAUUUUAGUUUACACAGAGAUGAUAACAGUAUUGCUUUCAAAAACUCGCACUUUGAAACCUGUUUUCUAAAGUUUGCAUUUUUUUAUACCCCCAUAACGUGUUUUUUAGGCCCCCGUUGUCGUGUAAAUGAACAGCCAAAACGCAUACAAGUUUUUCAGUUUUUAGUUGAAAAAGGUGUUGUGUAAACGUCCCCUAACUGGCUGUGUUUUUCAUACAGCAUCUUUGCUUUAAACAGGCAAAGAGACAUAGUGACCAUUUAGACAUGGUGGCACUGCAGGGUAUCAGUUUUCUGACAGUUUUCAGUUGGUAUUUUGUGUAUUUAUUAAUUACAUUAUUUAUUUUGUAUUUCACUUCACAUCUUAUUUAUUAUUUAUUAAUUUAGGAGCUUAUUUAAACUGCUGUAUUAUUCACAGUCUGCCUCAGAAUACAAUACAUAAUUUAACUGAAUAUGAAAUACUUUACAGUGUUACACUUUUUAAAGGUUAUUUAUUGAGCACAUGACCAUGUCUCAUACGUUGCUAAAUGAGAUCAUGGUCAUUGGAUUGAUCUCCUGAUCUCUGUGAGAACUACCUACUGCUUUUAUUAUUCAUUGCAUGUGAUAUUAUGUUGUUUUUGUUUUUCUUCCCCAUAAAAAGCAACCAUAAAUGGAAUUCCAGAUUAUUUAAUGUAUGAUUAAAUUAUAUUAAAUUCUAUAAUAUUAUUUAUUUAUUUAAGUGAAGAAUAGUUGUAUUUAUUUUUUGCCAAUAUUUGUUUAUGAUAUGUUUGGAAUAUUUUAUCAAAAUAAAAGAAAUAUAUAUAUAUUGAAAAGUU